AUGCCUUUCCGACAACAUGCUCCUGGCACCAACACCAACACCGGCAAUCAGGCAAAACAUACAACUUCUGGCAGGGCCGAUGACUCGGACCGGGGUGGUACGAACUUGACGCAAAGGAUAUCUGCAGUGAACCAGUCCCAACCGACGCUGUCACACUCUGUGGAAGACAGCCUCCCGUCGAAGAAACCACCGUCUUCCUUUCCUACUACCUCGACGAACACUUCCUCGAAGGGAGCUGCUAGUGAAAAUGCCUCUUCCAGUUCGGCCUCUACCACACGACGAAGACAGUCGUCAAUCCCCAGCAACGCCAAAGUUCCCAUGGGUCCUCGCCCCCUGGACUACGGGACUGGAAAAAGGUCUGCCAGCAAUCCCAUGACUCCACAGUUCAACUCCCUUCGAGGGGCCUCUGCCGUCGCUUCCCAAAAUCCAUAUACCCGCGAGUUGUCUAUCAAUGAUAUCUCAAGAUUCAGUUUUGCAUCAAUACAAGCGAGACAACCGUCAGAAGGGGAAGAGCAUGGAUCGCUGGAUUUUGGCAACUUCCUCGAGCCUACCUUCAACUUUGACGAUUUUCAAGAUACUAUUGUUGGCACGGAGCCUAGCUUAAAUCAUUUCCCCCUUCCUGGCCGGGGAAUAAACGUCAAAGCUUCCCCUUCGGCCGACACACCCAGCACCGACCACAAGAAGCCCGUGACCCAACCAGCAAUCCCGGUACCCGCUCGCAAAGGGCCGGGUGUGACGACAGUGACUCGCAAAGGUUCCACCGCUUCCAGUACAUCCCGUAGCUCCAUCAAGUCCGACUCAAUGACUGCCACCGCAACAUCCAUCCUCCGAGGGAGGAGACAAAGCCAUUUCCCGCCCAAUUCCUUCAACAACGCCACUAGCGGUGUCAAAGUCCCAAGGAAAUCUGUGGGACCAGGAACGUUCAUACCGCCAGAAUCAUCAGAGAAACCCACGGUGAAGAGACGGCCGAGCGCUGGCGGAAGGAAGUCUAGCGCGGAAAGUGCAAAGGCCCUGUCGCUGAAGAGUCUGGGCUACCGAGCAGAAGAGAACGGGUUAGAAGAUAUCAAGACAUCUGGAUCUGUCAGGUCAAGGCCAUCAUUGGCUGCGAAGCGGCAAGCGUCAAAGGACUUGCUGACGCCGUCAAGGACGCCAGACUUCUCUAAGUCCACUUCUAGCAGCGCUCAUCAUACUCCUACGCGCAGGAGCGGAACACCUGGGAGGACGACAACGCCUGGAGCAAAUGGAGAUCGGAAUCGCCGCGUAUCUGCCAUGCCCCAUCAUGCCACGGGACUGGGCGCACGAACUGUAAGUCCAACCGACGCACGACGCAUGAAGCGAAUGUCGACCGUUCCUCCGGCGCCACCGUUACCACAGAACAGGAUUUCUCAAGCUCCCCCGACACCACAACCCGAACCAGUACCGCAAUUGCCUCAGCCUGAUCUACAGUCGCCCCUUGUCCCGACUCGUAAAAGUUUGACGCCGUCCUCCUCACGAACCACCCCCGAUCCCAACCGGAAGUCGUACAGCUCUGGCCAGUCUUUGUCGUCGAAUACUAGUUAUAGUUCGGUCCGCAACACGGUCAAUCACGCCGCAAGACUAUCUCAGACCAUGAAUUCUUCUAGGCUGCCGGCUCCCAAACCCCGGCUUGAUACGUCCACCGGUACUACUCAGGGCCUGGAAGUUCCUCCAGUUCCUGCAAUACCCAAGGCCUAUGAGUCUCCAGGGAGUGAAUUGGACCAGCCUUUCUUCUCGGCUCGGUCAUCCAGUCUCCCACCCUUUGAUGAAGCCAUCUCCAACAGUCCUGGGGUUUCGACACUAGCCGACGCUAUGGAUGCGCUGGAAACCCCCCGAGCCCCCAGUACCUCCUCACAUAUCUCUGGUCCCAUACCACACGUUGAAACGGAACCUAGGCCCAAGCCGCAACGCAAAUCAAGUAAAAUGCACGUUCAAGCGCUCAGGUUACCGCCUUUGAAUUUGUUACCCCUGAGCACCCCUACCUCUGCGAAGAUAAAGUCGCUUCACGCCAAGUCCGAAUCCAGCGAGAAAGCGGUCACGCCCCCAGGGACUCGUGGAGCUUUAAAGACCCCGAGUACACCGAUGACAGCCUCGAAAGCAAGCUUUUUCCCCAGAGGACACAAGGCCACGGAAGAGACUUUGGCUCUUCGAAGUAGCACUUCACAUCAUGCUCUUCGGUCGGACGAACUGCGACCUCCCAGUGAUAUCAGUCCCAAUCUUCCUGCUUUUGCCUUUGAAAUGGAAAAGGCAAGCCAUCGCAAUAUUUCCCCCUUUGUCUCCUCAUCCUUGCCCAAGAGUAACGACGACUUUUCGAAAUUUAUGCGACCCAACUUCGUCACAGAGCUGAACAGGACUACAAGUCACACGCGGCCAAAUGGACCUCGGGCACCGAGCUUUUCUGUCACGCCGAAGGCUGAAGCCCAUCCUAGUCCUGUCGAGAAGAACUCGGAAAGCGAAUCAGUGUUCUCCACGUCACUGAGGCGGAGAUUGAGCCGUAAACGAAGUGAUCAAAAAGCUGCAGAGCCAGCUCCACAGGGCAAAGAUCCUGCCAAAUAUGACAAUAUGCCACCACCGAAACUGCCAGCCUCUGCAAGUUGGACCAAUCCCCAGAGUGGCAACGGAAGUCCUUCUCAGAGGCCAUCAUACAUCCGAUCGAGAAGACAAACCUCUACUUCAAGCACGACCAAUAGGCCGGAGCGUCAGGACAGUUACGAUAGUACUAUUUCACAUGCUUCGAAUAGCCGUCCUUCAACAGAAGCAAGCCGGACACUGACGAUGCAUCCCAACCGGUCGGGAUCUUUGUCUGCGAGCACACAUAAUCUUCUUGCGGAUAAAACCCUGGGCCCGCGGCAGCAAGGGCCCCUUCUUGAUCGUGACGACAUGAUUGCCGAAGAUGAGAUGAAGAAACUCGCAUCUAAGAGGAAAGAUUUCGAAUCUGCUGCCCGCGAACUUGACGCUCUCCGAGCCAGAGCUCGUCCAGCUCGUCACAUGUCGGCUAGCACAGCCACUGAGAUAUUCGAAUUGAAUAUUUUCGAACGAGGUGAAAUUGUCGACUACCCCGACGUCUAUUUCACCGGAACUCCUAGCGCUCGAAAAAUCAUCGGCGACCUCAAGUCGGCGGCAUCAAACUUCGGAUACGAUGAUGAACGAGGUGACUACAAUAUUGUUGAAGGCGACCACCUUGCUUAUCGGUAUGAAGUGGUUGAUCUUCUUGGGAAAGGUAGUUUUGGGCAGGUCGUGCGCUGUGUGGACCACAAAACGGGAAUUCUUGUUGCCGUCAAGAUAAUUCGCAACAAGAAGAGGUUUCAUCAACAGGCACUGGUGGAGGUAAACAUUCUACAAAAAUUGAGAGAUUGGGACCCCCAGAAAAUGCACAGCGUUGUCAACUUCGAUCAAAGCUUCUACUUCCGGGGCCACCUUUGCAUCUCCACAGAUCUCCUAGGCAUGAACCUUUAUGAAUUCAUCAAGGCCCACGACUUCAGAGGAUUUUCCCUGAAGUUGAUUCGACGAUUUACCAAGCAACUCCUCCAGAGUCUGAUCCUCCUACAACAACACAAGGUCAUCCAUUGUGAUUUGAAACCGGAAAACAUCCUCCUCGCGCACCCGGUCCAUUCCGAGAUCAAGGUCAUUGAUUUCGGGUCGAGCUGCUUUGAAAAUGAAAAGGUGUACACUUAUAUCCAAUCUCGGUUUUACCGUUCCCCCGAAGUCAUCCUUGGAAUGUCUUAUGGCAUGCCAAUCGACAUGUGGAGUCUCGGUUGUAUCCUAGCCGAGCUGUUUACUGGCUACCCAAUAUUCCCUGGUGAGAACGAACAGGAACAACUGGCCUGCAUCAUGGAAGUCUUUGGGCCACCGGAAAAGCAUCUGAUCGAGAAGAGCAGUCGAAAGAAACUCUUCUUUGAUUCGAUGGGCAAGCCUCGAGUAACGGUGUCCUCAAAAGGAAAGAGGAGACGGCCUAGCUCGAAGGAUCUCCGACAAGUCCUGAAAUGUGACGACGAGGCAUUCCUGGAUUUUAUUGCGAAGUGUCUGAAAUGGGACCCAUCACGACGGAUGAACCCGCAGGAGGCAAACAAGCAUGAAUUUAUCACAGGCAUCAAACUGAGCUCGACCACAGCCAGGAGACAUGUCACCGCAAGUGUGAACUCGCCGAUCAAAAGGGUGAACUCUGUGACCACUUCCGGCGGUACGAGGCCGUUGCCGCAGCCUCCAACAGCCAAUCUGAAGGUGCCGGUUGGCAGCCGGCACGAGACAUCACCCAGUAAACCCGGGGCAAGGCGGCAGUCCGCGGUUCCGAGCGCAGCAGCGUCCCAGGCUACGGCGCAAGCGAAGCGGGCUUCUCACGCAGCCAUGACAACUUCUGCCUCGAACUCCAGCUUCACGAGAUUGGCUGUCGGUCAACGAAGUAUGAGUGGGAGGUCUGACUUGGCGGCCGCUGCAGCCGCAGCAAGUCUGCUCAAGUAG